CAGUGUUGUAGCAAAUUUUUAAAUUUCAUAAACAUUUUUUAACUUUAUUUUUUUUAUUAGGUAUUUCUAUAUAAAAUUUUUCUUGUUGAUUAACAGCAUUUUGAAUUGCCUUUCAACAAGAUAUAAUAAGUGACAGGUAAAGUAUUAAAAGUUUUUUUAUUUUUUUAUUUUAAUUCCAGAAUAUUGUUUGCUUUGGUAUGAUAUUGUUGAGAUGAAAAAAAAAGCGUUUCAAUUAUCUAUAUUAAAUAAAAUGUUCUGAUAUUCAUGCUUUUUCUGCAUGAGAGUUGUUUUAAAUUCAGGGGAUUGUGUAUUCUCAAAGGAUAGAAAUUUUUUUUUAUCCUUGGAGUGAGACAGUAAUCAUGAAAUAGUUUACUUCUUUCUUGUAGUUUAUUUAUAUACAUAAUAUAUAUACAAAAAUAUGGGUGCAUCAGAGAGUAUCAUCAUAAUAGAACAAGAUGCUGACGCAAACAUUAGUCACGAGCUUAUAAAAACAUUUUCUUCUGAGAAAUAUCAAGAUGUAUUACGAUUAUAUAAAGCUUUGCAUCAAACCAACCAUGAAAAUUUUGUAGAAGAAAAUUUAUUGGUGAAUGAAAACGAAGAUAGUACAGAGUAUUCGUACAUAAUUGUUUUAGUGAAUAAUCACAACCUUACUCAUACUUUUAGUUUACAGCGGUUUGAAGAUUGCGAUGAAGCUAAAAAACGGUUUGAAGAGUUCUCAAGUGUAUUGAUGCCUUACAUAGAUACCUUUCCCAGCAUAUAUACAUCAAAGAUUUUAACAUCUCUAAUCAAGCUACGAAGUACAUAUCCAUCAUGGGAUACAAAUAAGAUAGCAACGCAUUUGCAUUUACCCGAAGUAAAGGAAUUUAAGCCAAAAAUAUCACUGAACAGACAACAGAGUCAACACAAUCGACAAGCGCUCGAGCAAAUCAGUCGAGAGCAGCCAAGUUUUGCUCGUGAUUUUUUCGGUGGAACACCUCUUCAAUAUUUCACUGAAAGGCAUCCAGAACUUGUGUCUAACUUAAUAUCAACAUUAGACUCGUUACAUCAGACAGGAAAAGAUCUUAAAGAUGGAAUUGACAAUAUAUCCAAAUAUUCCGAGUCUCCAAUCCAUGUGGCCAUUCGACUGUCACAGGAAAGCGUUUUGAAGUUACUUCUUGAGAAAGGUGCUAAUCCGUUCAUUCCCUGCGGGCAUGCCUAUCCUGUCCAUCUUGCGAUGAAACAUGACAGUAAGGGAUGUUUGAAGUUGUUGCUUGAACACAACAAAGAGUGUUUAGCUCUGAGAGACAAGAAGUAUGAUGCACCUGUUUUACAUUGGGCAAAAAGUUCAGAUCUGAUUGAUGUGUUGGCACAGGAAAACCAGAUCGAUCUAAAUGCUAGAAACAGUGAUUCAGAAACAGCAUUGCAUGUAAUGGUGAAAAGAAAGAGAUUGUCUCCAACUAUAUCUUUAAUAUGUCAUGGUGCAGACGUCAAUGCAAUAGGAAAAGACGGAUUCACACCGCUGCAUUAUUCCAUCUUACAAAGUGACAUUGAUAUCGUCCGUGCAUUGCUUUUUCUUGGAGCAGACAAACAUAUAAAAGACGAUAAAGGCAAAACACCAGUUGAUUAUAUUGAUGAGAACUCAGAAAAUUAUCAUGAAACUGUGGAUUUGUUCAAUUUGUUCAAUUACGAACAUAUUGAACAACAAGUUUCGAAACCUCGAAGCGAAUCGAUUCUAAAAGGAAAGACUGGUAACGAAGUUCUAUUGACGUUAGAUGGGGGUGGUAUACGAGGGUUGAUUCUUACUGAAAUCUUACUUGUCAUCGAAAGCCUCGCACGAAAGCCUAUCUACGAGUUGUUUGAUUGGGUCAGCGGUACAAGCACAGGAUCUUAUCUUGCCAUGUCUCUGUCAAUAGGACGAAGUGUUCGCUACUGUCAACGCGCUUACCUUCGACUUGGAAGAAGUUCUUUCGUUGGUAUCAGACCAUAUCCCACUGAAAAACUGGAUAAAUUUCUCAUGGAUGAAUUUGGACAUGAUACUAAAAUGGAUGCGUUCGAAUUUCCCAAGGUGAUGAUUCCAGCCACUUUGGUGGACAGACGACCCGCCAUGUUGCAUUUGUUCCGAAAUUACAACGCACCUUACGAUGAGCAUUAUCAAAUGAGAGAUGCAAGAUUUCCAAGACCCCCAGUUCCUUCAGAUCAACUUACUUGGUUGGCUAUUCGUAGUUCAUGUUCAGCGCCGUCGUAUUUUCGUUCGACAGGUCGAUAUUUAGACGGCGGAUUAAUCGCAAAUAACCCGACACUUGACGCCAUGUCGGAAAUCCACAAACAUGAGAAGUAUCUAAACCAACAGUCCAAGGAAAAGAAACCGACUGAGACGUCGAAAGUAAAAAUCAUCGUUUCCGUCGGUACCGGUAGAAAGCCGUCACAAUUGAUUCGUCCAAUCGAUAUAUACCGACCGUCUUCUGUUUGGGAUACGGCAGAAAUCGUCGACAAUUUAAAAGAGUUUGUUGAUCUUAUGGUAGAUCAGGUCGCAGCAAGUGACGAUCACGUGGUAGACCGGGCGCGAAGUUGGUGUGAAAUGAUCGACGUGGAUUACUACCGUUUUAAUCCGACUUUAGCAUCCGAUAUUGAGCUCACCGAAACGGACGAUCGUGUGUUACUUUCUAUGUUGUGUGAUGUUCGAAAAUAUAUCAUACGCAAUUUUACAACGUUUGAAAAGUUGGCAAAGAUGUUAGUAGGUGAUGGAACGUAAUAAAAACUUCAUCAGAACAGACGUGUUAAGAAAACAAGACCUUAGUGCUUAUUCUGAAUUCUUUGAGACGCCGCAUGGAUUGUUUACAAUUUUUGACCCCCAAUCCCCUUCUUCAACCCGCGUCAACUUUGCUUUACUCCUCUCCCCUGAGUUGACGUCAUCUUUUGAAAGAAUCCUCCCCCUUAAGUCUAGAUUGAGCGAAAAAACUUUGAACGAAAAGCAACGCUAAUGAUCACAUUCAGUAAUCCUUCAGUGUAAGAUUUUUUACGGGAAUUUUUAGCGUCGCAUAAGAAACUUUUGCUUAAGUUUAAAAAAUUUAGCGUUUGAAAAUUAUAAAGGUUGACGUCAACAGGAGUGUCACCUUACCUUUUCCCCGUCAACUACAAUCUCAGACAAAAUAUUUCGUCAAAACUCAAAAAAAAUACACAACUGUCAAAACAUUCCCCAUCCCUCUUUCCCGGUCUCGCAACACUGUCACAGCACCGAUAGUGUGGGAGGGGGCAAAUUCACAAUUUUGACAUAUAUUUUGUCUGGGAUUGUAGCGUUAACUUUACCAUAACUCCCCUACACCCUAACGGUUAACUUCGGUUGUGAUCAUUUCCGCAUAACGGUGUAUUUUGGUUAUGUGAUCAUACAUGUCAAGAGCUA